GUGCCUUCAAGGGGCAUGUCUUGGGCUGCAGGUCAUGACCCUUCCAAAAUUCGUAACAUGGCGUUGGUUGCCCACAUUGAUUCCGGAAAGACCACUCUAACCGAGUCUAUUCUAUUAAAGUCCUCUUUCCUCUCCACAGCCGGCUCCGUAGACGCUGGAAGCACCACCACGGAUUUCUUACCCGCCGAGCGCGAGCGCGGCAUCACCAUUCAAGCUGCCAGCAUACCUGUUCGAUGGAAACAAUGGACUAUGAAUCUCAUUGAUACUCCUGGGCACGCUGACUUUGGCAUGGAAGUCGAGAGUGCUAGUAGGGUCGUGGACGGUGCGGUGGUCUUGAUUGAUUCUGUCGAAGGCGUAGAAGCGCAAACCCGGGGCGUAUGGAGGCAGCUGGACAGGUACGGGGUGCCGUCUCGUAUGGUCUUUCUCAACAAGCUUGACCGGACCGGGGCAUCUUUCCGACAGUCGUUACUGUCCGUGCUAUCCCAUAGGCUCCACCCCAAACCUAUGCCUCUCGUCCUGCCUGUGGCAAGUAACAAGACCGAAGACUAUUCGCAUGCCGAACCCGGCAUCCAAGGCCUUGUCGACCUUGUCAAAUGGGAGAUGUGGAAUUGGGACGAAGCAGGCAAUUCUUCUCGGGUCCCUCUUCCCCAAAACGUCGAGGGAUUUUUCAACUCAGGCAUCCUGCCAUCCUCGCAUCCGAUGCUAUCUGAACUGGUAGCCGCGCGGACCGCACUCCUGGAAAAUCUUUCCAUGUUCUCGGAGGAGCUCAUGGAACAUCUCCUUGAGCUUCCGGCGGAACCAUCCGCGUAUCUUUCUGUGCCGUCGUCGAAAAUCAUGCCCUAUCUGCGACGAGCAACUCUCAACAACGAGAUACUACCCGUUCUUUGUGGAUCCGCGAUGAAGCAUAUCGGCACGGAGCUUGUCCUUGACUACGCCGGCGAACUGUUUGCUAGCCCUCUCUCUAUAGCUCAUGAUAAGCAGACCAACAACGCACCAGUACGGGCCCUUGCAUGGAAGGUUGUUUGGGACAAGCGAAAAGGGUGGAUGACCUUCAUACGAGUCUAUUCUGGGACGCUGAAGGGUCAAAGUGUGCUGUUGAAUACCUCUCGUAAUCAGAAAGAGAAGGUUUCGAAGCUCAUGUUGCUCUAUGCAUCAGAUCAUCAAGAAGUUGAUUCCCUGCCCUUCGGCUCUGUCGGGGUUAUCCUAGGCUUGAAGUACACGCGGACGGGCGAUACUCUCAUUUCGACUCGCGGCAAUAGUGGGUCGGGUCCUUCCACGAUGCAGGCCAUAGUGCCUCCUCCGGCAGUGAUGUCGACCUCGGUGAUCGCACAUUCGAGAACAGACCUGGAACCUGUUCAGGAUGCGCUCGAGGCUCUGUCCCGUACCGACCCCUCGGUGCGUGUGGAGACACACGAAGGUCAGCUACUCGUGCAUGGUUUGGGGGCAUUGCACCUGGAGAUUGUCGAGCGUCGCUUGCAAGAUGAGUGGGGGGUGCGAUUUGAAUUUGGCCCCCGCCGUGUCAGCUAUAGAGAGGGCCUCAACAUCAACGCUAGGUUGGAGCCGGACAGUACCGAUCGUUGGAACACGGAGGCGGCUGGAAAACCUGUCUUUACCACUGUAGAGCUCCGCUUGCGUCCGCUCGCGGAACAUGAACCAGGCGAUGACAUUUGGGGCGGUAAUACUGUGGUUGACGCCUCAGGCGACCGUGUACCGGGGCCGGAUGCAUUUUCAGACUCAACCACUCCGAUGGCAAACAUAGCCAGAGGACUAUCCAGCUCUCUGUCGACUUCUCCGAACACAUACCUCGCCAUGACCAGAGUUCACGUACAGGUUGGAGCAUUCACGUACCCGCAACAUGUUGGCCCAACGAUCCUCGCCGGUGCGGCCGCUCACAUCUUGCGCAACCGUAUCAAGGCAGCUGGGACCGGACCCGUCAUGGAGCCAUACGUCAAAAUCAAGAUAACAGUCGCGGAGGAUGCUAUCGGCAGGAUCGUCAAGGACCUCAACGAAAAUAGCGGAGAAGUUCUAGAACUAGGGUCUGCAUCCCCCAACAGGGAGACCGGGGCAGAUGAAGACAGUGGGCCAUAUAGCUCCGAUGGAGUAUACAUCCCUCCCGAUUGGAUAUCUCCCUCAGCAAUGGCGGUCUCCGGAGGGUCUGGUCACCGUGUCUCGCAAAGCCGCACUAUACACGCUCUAGCCCCCCUGAGCCGCAUGCUCGAUUACUCUACUCGACUUCGUGCUUUGUCCGGCGGUCAUGGACAGUUCGAGAUGAUGAACGUGGGCUUCCAUGAAGUGCACGAGGCCCGUAAAACGGAAAUUCUGCGAGAGAUAGGAAGAUUAUAG